AUGUCACUGAAACUUCCAAUUCCGCAAGGGCUUUCCUUCUUAAGAAGUGUUGGAUGGUUUGAGGACCGGAAGGUUGAUUCAGCAGCCAAACAACAGUUAUCCCCAACAUUGAAACUCCAGACAGAUAAGGAGGCCUACAGACCUGGCGAUUCAGUCACUGUGACUAUUGAAAUCUGUACCCCAGCUAGUUUGAAGGAUGAUGCUGGGCAGACAGUAUCGGGCGAGGAUACCCCCUCGCUGUUGUUAGAUGUGCUCUCCUUUGAACUUAAGGGGAUUGAGAAGCUGGAUAGCCAAUGGUUCUCUGUUCCGAAGCCCUUACCAGGGUCUAAACAAAGGCGAGGUGAACAUAUGUUUCUGGAUUGUUCAGCACCAUCACUGGUUUCUAAAGUAAUAAUUGGUGCAGGGCGAACAAAAACGUACAUUGCACGUGUGGAGCUCCCAAAGAUCUUACCGCCAUCUUAUAGGGGCAUCAGUAUCCGCUAUUUUUAUUAUGUUAGGACCACAGUAUUUGGAAGACCAGUUGUACUGGGUAAUGGAGACCAAUAUAAAGGUCUUGUGAAUAGUGCAAUUCAACUGGAAGCUCGAGUCCCAUUGCAGAUACGUGUUUCCCAGAAAAGCAGCAGCCUACUAAAUGAAGAAGAUGUUUUAGGGACACUGCCAUUCUCGGUGGAUCAGCCAGGCAUAUUUUGGAGGGAAAAAGAUGAAGAUUCAGAAUGGAGCAAAGCAAAUGAUAAUGCUGAUCUAGAAGAAGGAUAUGAUAGUUCAAAAGAUGAAGUUUCAUCUGUUUCCUCAUACAAUCCUUCCAAAGCAAAUCCUGAAUCCUCCCUGAGGAGCUCGUUGUCAAUGCAGUCUCUGUCAUCUCGGCUCUCCACGAGUGAGCCAUUUUAUAAUCAAGUAGAACGACCCAAUUUCCCAUCAUACAGUCCAAUUCCUCGAUUGUCAGUGUCAGAGAUUUCAGAUGAUCAUGACAGAGGUUUAGUUGCACCUCAAAGGAAGCUAAACAUUUUGCUUCCGGUUCUGGACCAUCCAUCGAAUGGGCAAAGGAUUUCUCCAGAUUCUUAUCACUCAAAAGAUGAUAUUGGCCUCCCCCUUACGCCAAAAAAUGUUGAUCCAGCUGGAUCUGAAGGCUUUACGAGAGGAAGAUCUUAUAAUAUAAGAAUUGAUGACCAAGUUUUGCUUCGUUUUUCACCCAAGAAUUCUGACUCAACUUAUUACUUUGGUGAUAUGAUUGGUGGAGCACUUACCUUCUUUCACGGAACUGGAAAACGGAGGUGCCUUGAGGUAAUGAUAACCCUGGAAACAUCAGAAACAAUUAAUCCUCGCGCAUUACAUCCUUCAAGAAGGGGCUCACCGACAAUAACCAAGCUGCAUAGUGAGCAUCAUGAGGUUGUUGCGGAUCUUCACCAGACAAGCUUUCUAUUUUCCAUUCCCAUUGAUGGCCCUAUGUCAUUUUCUACCUCAAAGGUCACUGUACAGUGGUCUCUUCGAUUUGAGUUCUUCACAACUCCUGAAGGAACAGACCCAGCUAGGUACGAGCACCCACUCCUUGUUGAGAAAAGGGAGAAGGGCGAAUGGGUCCUCCCGGUAACUGUUUACGCGCCUCCAUUGCGCAGACAAGCUACUCAUGGGAGGAAUGAUAGAUCUGUCUUACCCGGAAAUAUCUUCAACUCUUAA